GACAUCUCUCCCUCGCGUCUUCUUUCCUCUCAACCGUCGCGACGACGCGUGCGGCCGGCAGGUUCCUAGUGCCGGUAGCCGUAGUCCUCGCCCGCGCGUAGAUAGCCGCGGGAGAGUCGAGAUCCUCAGGUUUCCAUCUCCCUCCAUUCCCAGGUGAGUCCGAAUUCUCGCUACGCUCGCUGAAUAUGACAUGCCCAUGCGUGGUUAGUGAUUUCUCUUAUCAGGACAUAAGUCCCGCGUUUAGCUUUCUUGCGACCCAAUUGCCCGGUAAUGCUGUAAGAAGCAUCGAUCGUUUCGUUUUCCUGCGUUUCUUCGCAUUUGUUGAACAUGUUAUUAGUUUGGGAAGCCGAAUGUAUCGCUGAUUCGAUUCGAUUCGAUCGACUUGUGCAUGCCUUGACCUAAGUCAGUGUUUAUUUGCGGAAGGAAGAGAUCAAGAGGGAACGAUUCCUGGUGGUCGUCGUCACGAACGUGUUUGCAGAAGGAAAAAGGGGAGUUCCGAGACGUGCUUCCCAUAUCAUCUUCCAAAUGUUCUAUCCUAGUAUUUGGGUAUUUUCCGCCAGACCUAGGAUUGCUCUUCUCUUCUUCUGUCGAAAUGAUUUGUUUUUUUGUCUCUAGAUAUAUAAGUAGUUAGCUACAACUACGUCUAUACUGUAGCACAUUUUAAAAGGCAGUACACGCGGUUAUCCGGCCAGCACUGCGCUGUCGUUCAAACCAAAACCAUCAGUCCAUUGCACCGGGUCUCCAGUCUGCUUCACAGAUUAUAAUAUCAUGCUGGCGUGACAUUGUACUACUGAAUCACAGCUUAAUUACUGUCUCCAACCCAUCGAUAACGACAUUCGCUGACCAUGUACUACUUCCUUUGUUGAUUCCAGGCAAGAAGUCAGCGACUCCUCUCAUACUGGCCGAGUCUACGUACCGUCGGCGCGUUCGGCCGGUGGCAAUGGCGUCGUCACCACCGUACCGGUUCCCCGCACUCUGCGAGGAGGAGCCCGCGCGACGCUCCGCCAGGCAGUCAUGCGGGACAUGCGGCGCGUCGGCCGUGGCCAACUGCGUGGCACUGUGCUGCUGCCCGUGCGCCGUGGUGAGCUGCUUCACGCUGGCGCUCGUCAAGGCGCCCUACGUGGCCGGCCGGCGAUGGGUCAGGCGCGCCAAGACGCGGCGUAUCAGCAGGGGCGUGCUGCGGAAGACGAGGCGCGUCCGGGACCUGGACGACCAGCUGUACCAGGUGGAGGGGCUGGGCGGCAGUGGCGGCGCCGCGCGGGCGAGCAAGGAGGGGGACUGGGGCGGGAUGAGCCGGACUGCCGCCUCGGGUUGGUGGGAGAACACCAAUGAUGUAAAUUUGCUCGGGGAUGGCAGGAUGAGGGUGAGCGUGACGGAGAAGGCGUGGAUGGAGAUGUACGACGUCGGCCACUGGGGCUUCGGCCGGCUGUCCUUCUCGCGGGCCAGAGAGGCCGCGCCCGCCGUGCAGGUGGUCAGGGACGACCGAGAGCCCCAAGAGGAUGGCACUGUUGCUGCGGGGCGGUGACAGAGUUCGUGCGGCAUGCCACGCCUUGCUAAUUGUUUUGUGCUAUAAGCUUUGUUGCACGCGGUGAGAUUGUGUGUGGUUUGUACGGAAAUACGGAAUGGACAGCUUGUUGGUGAUCGACAAGAACCGCUAUUUGAAGAGGA